AUGUACCGGCUUCCCGUCGCCGCUCCACUGGGAGUCUAUGGCGCACCUGGAGUUCCAGUGCCCUACUCUCCCGCGCCCUACGGCGCGCCCGCCGCAGCUGCGCAUCCAGGAGCGUAUCCGCCCGGCACCGCUCUGGAGGCCUGGGGGGGGGACCUGCUCCUGCGGCACAUCCACGCGCUGGAGCCGACCGUCGCAGCGACGGCGGACGCGAUGUGCGGCGCGGAGGCAGGGGGCCGUAUCCCUCUGCUGGAGAGCCGCGCACGGACAGCGUCAGAGGCGCACAGGCGUCUCGGGCCCCCUGUGUGCCGGCCGCGGAGGAAAACAAGGUCUUCGUGGGUAGCUUGA